AUGCCGAAUGGUAUACAUCUCGUUGCAAUUUAUAUUGCUGAAGCACAUUCACGAGAUGAAUGGCCAGUUGGAGAGACAAUAUCAUGUGUAGAUCAGCCAAAAACAUUUGAACAGCGACUUAAAAAUGCCCAAAAAUUCAAAAAGAAUUUUAAUUUGGAAAUGCCUAUGCUUGUCGAUGAUAUGAAUAAUACUUUUCUUAAUACUUAUGGAUCAUGGCCAUUUCGUUUCUUUGUCAUUUAUGAAGGUGAAUUGAUAUUGAAAGCUGAACCUGACAAAGAAACUUUUACUUAUGAUUUGGACGAAAUUGAUAAAUGGAUUACGAAUUUCUAUGAAUCACAUUCUCAAAUUAUUUAA